UAAAACGAAAUAAUCAAUCGAAGGUUGAAGCCAAACAUACGCGUUCAAAAAAAAAAAAAAAAAAAAAAAAAAAAAAGUAGAUAUUUCAGACACUUAUUUUGUAUUCUGUUAGUAUUUUGACACUAGCCUUUCCCGAGAUGAUACGUAUAGGCGAAAGUGCUUGUGCUGACGCUUUCUGGUCGAGGUGUUUGAAGGAGGGGAAUGCUUGCAUAUACAAACGUCCGUCGGAUUAUUUAACAGCUCAUUGUUUUUUAAAUGGCCAUUCCUAUAGCGGUCCUGGACUGCGACCUUCUUCUGUAUGGUCGUGGGCAUCGGACGCUGGACAGGUUCGACAUAGAAACUGUAUCGGAUGAGUUUUUAUUAACUACCUUCGGCUUUCCUCGGGAAUUCAUCUGCUAUUUAGUGGAGAUGCUGGGCGAGACUCUGUCGCGCCCCACGCAGAGAUCCAGAGCGAUUAGCCCAGAAGUACAAAUCCUGGCAGCUCUGGGCUUUUACACCUCCGGGUCCUUCCAGACGCGGAUGGGCGACGCCAUUGGCAUCAGCCAGGCUUCCAUGAGCCGCUGUGUUACCAACGUGACCAAAGCGCUGACUGAAAAAGCAGCUGAGUUCAUUGGGUUUUCCAGAGACGAGGCAACGCAGCAGCAGACCCGGGAAGAGUUCUACAGAGUGGCAGGAAUUCCCAGCGUUCUGGGGGUGGUGGACUGUGUCCAUAUCGCCAUCAAGGCACCCAAUGCCGAAGACCUAUCAUACGUGAACAGGAAGGGCUUCCACUCUAUCAACUGCCAGCUGGUUUGUGACCCGAGAGGCUUGCUGCUGAGCGCUGAGACACACUGGCCAGGGGGGCUGCUGGACACAGCAGUAUUUCAGAAGUCAUCUCUGAAGAGGCUGUUUGAGGAGCAAGACAGGCAUGACGGCUGGUUGCUAGGAGAUAGCAACUACCGUCUCAAGAAAUGGCUGAUGACACCUCUUCAGUACCCAGAAACCCCUGCAGAAUACCGUUACAAUAUGGCCCACAGCGCCACGCACGAGAUCAUCGACCGGACUGUCAGGGCGAUGCAGACCCGCUUCUGCUGCUUGGACGGGUCCAAGGGCUAUCUGCAGUACUCCCCAGAGAAGUGCUCCCACAUCAUCCUGGCUUGCUGUGUGCUCCACAAUAUAUCCCUGCAGACCGGCCUGGACGCCUGGACUUUCGAGCGGACAGAAAACCCCGAGCAGUCAGAGGAAGGGUGCGAGCCGAUGGAUUCCAUGGACUCGGAGGCAUUCCGGAUCCGGCAGGAACUCAUACUCAACCAUUUCAAUUAAUAUACUGUCCCAAACAAAACUGUGAUCCUGGUUAAGGGAUGUCUCCUUGAAGAGUGUGCUUCGUCACGCACACAUGCCUUGUUUAUAUGCGAAAUCUAAUUGGGUGGGUGAUCAGGUUCAGUCAGAAGCAUCAAUUCCUCCAAACCUAAAAACUCUGUGUUUUGUUUCCAGAUUCAAUGGGAUGUAAAUUUUCCGGAUGCUGGUUACAAACUUGCCAUUCCAGCUCUACAGCUACUGUUUUCUUCAGCAAGCCACUGCUAGUAUAAAGGAAGCCUCUAGUCUGCAUUAUUCUGAUAGUUACAAAAAGGUUUCUUAUUUAAAGAGCAUCAAACAUUCAUUUUUGUGUUCUUUAUUGUCAUCCGUGUCCUUACCUGUUGUUUUAAUAAACUGCUAUUUAGAUAUUUUGAAA